CUCUCUGCCCAAGUCCUAAUAUAUUAUCCCUGAAAUCCGAUGAACAAAAACCGUGGACCAUCACCGCCGGUAUCCCGUUCCCAAUUCCACAGAUUUCCACUCCACGCUCCCACUACUUAUACCAGACGAAAACCAAGCAAGAUCCCACCUCCCAAACCCCGAAACCUGGAGCUCAUAGGCAACGAACGGUAAGAAUCGAUUUCUGCGAUUCCUUGGAGCCCCUUGGUGCCGCCGGUUUCUUGAUAUCUCAGCCCCCAAAGCUGCAAUUUUUAUUUCCCCCUUCCUGGUUGGAUAGCUGCUUUGGUUGAGAGGCAUUGUUGGUGACCGGAGGUACAACCUUCGAUCCUUUCAUUGAGAUUAUACAUAAAGGCCAUUUUCAGAUCAUUAUCAAGCAUGCCUCUCCUUUCAAAGUUACGCUUGAUCACCGUGGAUGUGACUGGUACUCUGAUCGCUUACAAAGGACAGCUUGGGGAUUACUACUGUAUGGCAGCUAAGUCUGUCGGGAUGCCAUGUCCUGACUAUAAGCGCAUGCAUGAGGGUUUCAAGCUUGCAUACACUGAGAUGGCAAGACAAUAUCCAUGCUUUGGAUUUGCAGCAAAGAUGCCAAACAUUGAUUGGUGGAGGACGUGUGUUAAGAAUUCGUUCGUUAAGGCUGGCUACGACUACGAUGAUGAAACAUUUGAGAAAAUCUUCAGACGCAUUUAUUCUUCUUUUGGCUCCUCUGCACCAUACUCGGUGUUUCCUGAUGCGCAACCCUUCCUGAGAUGGGUGCGGGAAAAGGGACUCAAAGUUGGUAUUGUCAGCGAUGCAGAGUACCGUUACAAAGAAGUAAUCUUGCCAGCUUUAGGGUUGAAUCAGGGCUCGGAAUGGGACUUUGGGGUGUUCUCAGGCAUUGUUGGGGUUGAGAAGCCAGAUCCAAGAAUUUACAAGAUAGCACUGGAGAUGGCGGGAAACGUUGCGCCAGAAGAAGCGCUCCACAUAGGUGACAGCAUGCGGAAGGACUACACCCCUGCAAGGAGCAUUGGGAUGCAUGCGCUGCUCCUGGACCGAUUCAAGACCGCCGACGCUGAGAGCUGGAGGCAGUCUGGUGCGACAGUGCUCCCCGAUCUGGUUGCUACUCAAGAGUGGCUCACCAAGAAUGAGAAUGAGGAAACCAUAGCAGCUCAAGUGCCGAACGGAAUGUCCGAAAAACUAAAAAUGGGGGGCUUAACCGAGUUUUAAUGUGCUAGUUAUGUACUGAAGAUUCAAAAGAAACUUGUAAUGGGAGGAUAUAGGUGAUGAUUCUUGGCUACUGGCUAGUGUAAUUAGCUUGAGCUGCUGUCUGGCAGUAGCAUUUGGCGCUGAUGCUGUUUGCUGAAUAUGACUAGCAUAUCAGAGUGUCAUGAAUUGUAUUUCGAUGAAGAUUUCAAGUUCUGUUUUUAAUUCUUCACCUGUGUGAAGCAAUAAAGGACGAUGAAAUUAACUUUGCA